AGAGCGGCAGCUUAAAUUAUUUGCUUCUGGUUGGUUAGAAGAGGAACUAGAGCUGGUGAAGGCAGCAGCCUUGGAGAAAAUGCAGAAGAUGGGUCCAUCUUUCGUUAACUCAACAUUCCAGUCCAAAAUAACGGAAGCAGCUGAUAUUGUUGUUGGAAUAUCUUAUACGGUAUUUGGAAUAUGCUCCUUAUGUGGGAACAGUAUUCUCCUCUAUGUUUCCUACAAGAAAAGGAAUUUGUUGAAACCAGAAGAAUACUUCAUUAUAAACCUUGCCAUCAGUGACCUUGGUAUGACCCUGACAUUGUAUCCUCUAGCUGUAAUCUCCAGCCUUUCACACAGGUGGCUGUAUGGGAAACACAUUUGCUUGUUCUAUGCAUUUUGUGGGGUACUGUUUGGGAUCUGCAGUCUGUCAACACUGACAUUACUGAGCACUGUGUGCUGCCUCAAAAUUUGUUUUCCAGCUUAUGGGAACAGGUUCAGGAGAGAACAUGGACAAAUCUUGAUAGCCUGUGCUUGGACCUACGCAGCGAUUUUUGCCUGUUCUCCCUUAGCUCACUGGGGGGAAUAUGGAACCGAGCCUUAUGGCACAGCUUGUUGCAUUGAUUGGCAUUCCACCAACGUAAACGUUGUGUCGAUGUCUUACACUAUAGUUCUAUUUAUUUUCUGUUUUAUUCUCCCUUGUGGGGUAAUUAUCACUUCGUACUCUCUUAUUCUGAUAACUGUGAAAGAAUCCAGGAAGGCAGUGGAACAGCAUGUCUCCGGUCCCACCAGGAUGAGCAAUGUGCAAACUAUUACUGUCAAGCUGAGUGUUGCUGUGUGCAUUGGAUUUUUUGCUGCAUGGAGCCCUUAUGCUGUUACUGCCAUGUGGGCAGCUUUUGGAUCAAUACAUAAGAUCCCUCCAUUAGUCUUUGCUGUGCCAGCUGUCUUUGCGAAGUCCUCCACACUGUACAAUCCAGUUAUCUAUCUUCUUCUGAGGCCCGAUUUCCGAAACACUGUUGUCAAAGAUUUCACAGUUUUUCAACAGCUAUGCAUCAGGACUUGUUUUUGUGUCAAGACCCUGCAGAACUACAGAUCAACUGUGGAGAUCGGCCUGAGAACAUUUAAAGGCAAAAAUGAAUCCAGCUGUAACUCUCCGCAAACUAUGGAAGGGUGUUCUUUCUUCCCCUGUGAAAAGUGCAGUGAUACUUUUGAAUGCUUUAAAAACUAUCCAAGAUGCUGCCAGGAGAGGCUAAGCACUGUGGAAUGCACUCCUCAAGAAAGCACAUCCUUGCAGAGCAAUCUCCAAGUAACAGUGAGACAGGGCAGUAGGAAGUCUGUAAAGGUGGUUGUGCGGGGAGAAAAAAGCACUGAAAUUGAUAACUUGGAAAUCACCUUAGAAACCAUACCUGUGCAUUGUACAUUUAUAGACCUCUAGGGCUGCCUAUCCAAAGCCCUUUGACAGCAAUACCAUUAUACUGCAUUUAUGAAUGUAUCCCUUUUACAAGAGCCCUUCUGCUGCCCCAUUUUCUGUACUGUUUCCCUGGUUUUAUCAUGUAGUCUUUGGUGGGACACAUGUUACAGCAUGGACAUGUUAUAAAUGCUGUAUGACUCUCACCUUGCUGACUUAAGUAAGUAUACUGUGUGGACUGUGUUCACAUCAUACAGUGUCAGAUAAAUCUCUGCGCUUUGUAGCAUCUGUUUUCAAGAGAACACACUGCCCAUCGAGAAUUUUUCUGUGAAGUGUUAUAACACUUUCUAGACUUUCUAUGUUUUAUAUUCUGUAUGUUCAAAGCACAAAAUUCAAUGUAGAAUUUUAAAAGGACAAUGUCAUGCUGUUUUAAUUGUUAUAACAGCUGAAAAGUAAAUGCUAACUGAAAUGCCUGUUUUCCAAGAAGCAAAAAUGAGAGCAAGAAUGAUGGCACAUGUUGUAUGUCUGGGAGGCAAAGGUCAUUUGUUCCUUGCUUUGCCAUGAACAGACAGGUUCUGACCUAAUUCCACAUAAAUGAAAUUAAAAUAUUUCUGGUAA